ACGGCUACAGUACGGGAGCCUCUGGUUUAUCGCUUUGAUGUCUGUGCAGUAAAUGAAGUAAUUUAUACAAAACGUGUGAGUUUUAUGUGCGCUUUGUUUUACUGGAAAUUAUGCUUUCAGUUCACGAUUACUUUGGGCACGCAUUUACUGUCAGUGUAUGGGCAAAGGAUUGUAAACUGUUAGAAAGAUGGUUUUAAAGAAGAAAGAGGUUAAAGUGGAGGCCCUUAUUCUGGACAGUGGACAGCUGGAGAAUCUGGGUGCUCUCAAAGGUGACCCCUUGGCAGAGCAAAUUGCUGAGUUCUUGCAGGAGUGUGCCAAGCUAACAGAUGGAGUCCAGCAGAUACAGCUGAUUAAAAAAGUUGGUUCCCUUCUGGAGCAGCUGAGUGAAGACGAGGCUGAAAGCCCGCUGAUGAAUGCCUGCCUGGAGACAUUGGCCUGCGUUUUCUUCUCCCUGCACUCCAGAAACCCACUGAAGAGAGCUCUUGCAAGUGCUCUGAGCACAGUACCAGGCUGUCUGCAGAACCAAGCUGUGCGCUGCCUGUCCCAGCGUUUGUCACAGAGCCUGACCACAUGCAGCUCAACGCACUACGCACACCUUACCGAUACCAUCACUGCCUGCCUUGACGGCUUCCACCUGGGUGAAAGUUGCAUUCACAGUUUACUAACAGAAGUGUUGCAGUUUCUUCAGAAGGCCCUGUCUGAAUAUCAACAACAGAACAGUCGUCUGGUAGGCAGUCCGGUUGCUCAGGCCCAGCUGAUGCAGGCAUGCUUGGCCACAGUGAAAGCUUCCAUGCUGGUGGUACAGAGAUCCCAAAAGCAGAUCACUGCAGUCCUGCAGGCAGCACCUGACAGCCCCCUGAUGGACACACUGUGUGACCUGUUGCGCUGCUACACCAGCAUACUCACUGAGGGUGACUUUGUGCAGACAGUCCAGAGCACUGCAGGCAUGGCAGUAGUACUGCUGACUAGGAGCAUGACGGGGCCCAGUGACUGUGUGGCCAGUGUGGUGGCCAGUCUGUUGCUGGGCUCAGAGGAGCGUGUGGGCAGUGCACCUCAGUGGUUGUUAGAGAGCUGUGGAGAGCUGUACCACUGCGUCCGCCCCACCAGUGUGACCCUGUUCCUGUGCCAUGGAGCUCUGGCUAUGCUGUCCUGGCGGGGCAAGGCCGCUAGAUCAGGCGAGGAGAGGCUCUUGUUGCUCAUUCCCAAAGCUUUGCUCUCUCUGGACUCCAGUGUGCGAGAGUCCAGCACUGCAAUCUCGGUGGCUCGUGUCUUGACUCUAUGGAGCUGUGCAGCCCUGGAAGUCCUGCAGGGGGAGCACUGCUCUGCAAGCCUCAGGCAUUCCCUGACGGGGGGCACCGAGCUGGUGGGACGCCUGCUGGAACACAUCUAUGCACAUUGGGAGCAUCCUCUGGAUGGCGUCCGGCAUCAGACCAAAGCCCUGUUUAAGAACGUGCUCAAGCUGCACCAGAUCGCCACGCGAAUACCUGACCCCCUUGCAGACCCCUUUAUCACCAGCCUGACCCACAGCCUGCUAGGGCUUGAGUGGCACAGCAAAGGGAAGUACGGCUCUCUGAGCUGUCUGGUGGACUACCUGGGUGCAGAGAGCCUCCUCGCUCUAGAUCCUCAGCUUCCUGCACAGCUUCUCUCUCUCAUGGGGGAUCAGUCUCUCGCCCCCUAUGCCAGCAGCCUCCUGGAGACGCUGUUUGUGAACCACAAGGCUCAGCUGGCAUCCUGUCAUGAACGGGGGGAUUCGUGGAUGGAGAUGUGGCACCAGACCUGGGUGACACCUCUGCUGGCAGCUCUGUGUGAAGGUCAGCUGGACCAGACCACCUACAUCCUGGACUACUGCCUGCCCAAGAUACUGAGAUGCAGCCCUGGCAGCGUGGAGCACAUGGUUCGUGCCCUGCAGAGUAGCCAGCACAGCCCAGCAGGUAAUAACACAGGCUCUCCAGACUGCAGGGGGGCCCUGGGAGCUCUGGUGACCUGUCUGCGAGCGGCCCGGGCCCAGGGCGUAGUCAGUUCCUCUCAAGAGGGGCUGUGGGGGGGGCUGGUUCCCCUGAAACUGCUCUCUCAGGCCCUGGUGCACAAACAUGACCAGGUUCGUUUGGAUGCCCUGGGGCUGAUCUGUGAGAGCCACCGCAGCACAGAGAACCUAUCUCCAGAGGAAAUGGAUCUGAUUCGCUUCUUCCUGCCCAGCAGCCUGAAUAGCCAGUCUCCAGGAGUGAGACAGCAGACUCUCAGCCUGCUGAAGAAGCUGCUGUGCAGGAUGAGGGACAGUGCCCAGCUGCUGCAGAGGAGGCUGGAGCAGGACAGGCCAGAGGAGCAGGGCCAGGAGCAUGGGAACAGGACCACACUGCAGACAUAUGAGGAGUUUCUGCACUGGCUAUGUGAGGCCCUCUUCCAAGCCCUGUUCCCUGGUGCCUCCUUCCCCACCUGUUUCACUGCGUUACACCUGCUGGGACUCAUCGCUGACCUCUUCUCCUUCAGCACAGCGGAUUCUGGUCCUUGUUUGUUUUCACUGGGACAGAUGGUGACCCCUUCUCAGGCACAGGCCGUGCUGUACUGCCUGGCCAGCUCCUUCCUGGAGGUCAAGCAGCUGGCCUUCCAGCUGCUGAGGAGACUACCUCCUCCAGCCCUCGGCCUGCAGGAGCCCGGCAGGCUGAGCUCGCUGCUUCGAGUCGCUCUGGACCUCAGCACCAGCACCAAGCCCUUUGAUAGUGUCACUGCCUCCCACCUCCUCAACUUGCUGGUCUAUGAGGAAGGGCUGGUGGAGGCGUUGAGCCACCGUGCCCAAGAACAGUGCAUCUCAUUUCAGCCACCCACACCAGGAGAGUCCCCGGCUUCUAAGGCCUUUAAGCUUGAGAGGAACACAUUAGCAGUGGUGCUGUUCCUCCUGGCGUGUCUAAAAGCUGAGGUUGCUCAAGCUGAGACCUCUCUCCUGCAAGCUGCGGCCUCCUACCCCCUUUAUGGACGAGCCCAUUGCAUCACUGUGGCACUGCAGCAGCUCGACUCACAGUCCCUCUUGCUGGUGGCAGAGUGGAGGCCAGUGGUGGCAGAGCUCAUUGAGAUGUCCUACAGGAUGUCUGAUGUUGUGUCACCUGUUGUACAGAGCUCCUCCCCCGAGGGACUCAUUCCCAUGGACACUGACUCGGAAUCAUCUGCCUGCCUGCAGCAGAUCCUGCAGGAGAUUCAGCCUCGUGACACGAAUGACUUCUUCACAUCACCUCGUCAGCUGGGCAAUAGUGAGCCGGAGCAAGGGGGAGGCAGCCUAGAGCAGGCGCAUGCUGCUGGGGCCACAGGUGGAGGGGAAGAACAGUACAGAGUUACGGCUCAGAUGGUGCUGGUGUGCUGCUGGCGGACGAUGAAGGAGGUGUCCAUGCUGCUUGGGAUGCUGUGCCAGAACCUGCCCCUCCAGACUGAAGCCCCUCCUCGAGAGGGGCUGAUUACGGAACAGCAGGUGGAGGGAGUGGGCCGGUACUUCCGGCAGCAGCUCCUGCAGUCUCGUCACCGGGGGGCGUUUGAGCUGGCCUACGUGGGCUUCGUCAAGCUCACCGACAUGCUGGCCAGGAGUCCAGGCAGGGCCCUGCAGCAGCUGCCUGGCCGCUGGCUGUCGGAGGUUCUGGAGGAGGUGAGGUCCAGCGGCCCCACGUCCAAGCUGUGUGCCACACGUCGCAGCGCAGGCAUCCCUUUCUACAUACAGGCCCUACUGUCCUCCGAGCCCAAGUCCUCCAGCUGUAGCCUCUUGAGGAUGACCAUGAAGGAGCUGACUGCACUGGCCCUGUCCAUGCAGGACAAUCCCACUGAUGGCAGCUCUGUCCCUCAGGUUCACUCUCUCAACAUUUUAAGGGCUUUAUUCAGGGACACGCGAUUGAGCGAAAACAUUGUCCCGUACGUGGCGGAAGGGGUGCAGGCUGCCAUCCUCGGCUUCACAUCUCCGGUCUGGGCUGUAAGGAAUUCCUCUACGCUUCUCUUCAGCACUCUGAUAACCAGAAUAUUUGGAGUGAAGAAAGGAAAAGAUGAGAACUCGAGGAAGAACAGAAUGACUGGCCGCGAGUUCUUCACGCGCUUUCCUGCCCUCUACCCCUUCCUGCUCAGACAGCUUGAGGCUGUGGCCAGCACUGUGGACAGUGAUUCAGGGGUUCUGAAGCUGCACCCCAACCUUUUCCUCCUGCUGCUCCUCCUGGGAAAGCUGUACCCCUCCCCCAUGGAUGGAUUCUCCUCUCCCCUAGGCCUGGCACCCUUUGUCCCCUUCAUCGCCAGGUGUGGCCGUUCCCCAGUGUAUCGCUCCAGAGAGAUGGCGGCUCGUGCCUUGGUACCCUUCGUGCUGGUGACACAGGUGCCCUCCAUGAUCCAGACAUUACUGCAGGACCUGCCAGAGUGUCCCAGGAGCGCAACCCGGCAAAACCACAUUCACGGCACACUACUGCAGGUCCUUCACUUGCUGCGCUCCUACCAGGAGGACAGACACAGGCCCCAUUCACUGCGGCUCCCUCAGACCCAUGACAUCAUCGCUGCGGUGCGUGCCAGGCUGUGGCUGGCGAGGAGGCAGAACCCCUGUGUAGUGACCCGAGCAGCUUUCCUGGAUGUCUUGGCCUGCUUGUGUGGACCGGAGUGGGGCCCAGUCGAUGAUGAGGAACUGACGGGUCUUAGGGAGGCUACACUGGUCAUUGUGUCCGACUCGGAGCUCUUCGACCCUGACUCGUUCUCCACAGCAGUAGCGGGUGGCACACAGUACCUUCUGAGCCUGGCACGGAUUGCGGUUUGUGCCAGCUUGGAGAACCCUGUGCUGUGGGGAGCAGAGUUUCAGGGUCCUCAGCUCCUGGCACAGCUGUUGCAGUGCCAGGUGUACGAGGUGCGACUGCUGGCACUGGAGGCUAUCCUACAGCAGCUUGAGAGAGGCCCGUCAGAUCGCCACCCCGCCCCCUGCCCUCUCUCCACAGUUACCACCAUUCUCACCAAUCUGGCCAUGCAGGAGACUCACCCGCAGUGCAUGGGAAAGGUUCUGCGCGCCCUGUCCCUGCGCAGUGUGGCCAGUAUCCUGCCCUGGCAGAAGGGCUCAGAGAUGCUGGGUGAGGAGGAGCUGCUGCACUGGGCCCUGACGGUGUGCCAGGAAUCUACUCACAGGGUGGAGAAUCAUUGCGCCGCUCUCACCCUGGUCUCCAAUUUUGUUGUCCAUUUUGUUGAGAAGAGCUCCCAGGGUCUGAGCAAGUCCAUGCAGCUGGAGAUGAGGACGUGGGUGGCGUUAGUGAGCCAGUGCUGUGGAGACGAGAGGCCAGGAGAGGUCAAGCUAACAGCUGCGGAGGUCCUAGUCAACGCCACGCCUUGCCUGCUAGCCAGCGCCGUCCUGCCCCUCGGUCUGAGUGACACAGUAUGUCUCUGGAAGAGCCUUUUCACUCUGCUGCAGGAUGAGGACCAGGAUGUGCGGGACAGAGCAGCAGAUUUCACUGGCAAUGUGCCCCCCCAGCUCCUCACUGACCAACACACAGGUUUUGCCCCCUCAGCUUUAUGUCCAGCUCUGGCCUUGGACCUGGGACUGGGGCUGCUGUGCCAGCUGUUCCAGAUGUGGAAGGAAGCCCCUGCAGGUGUCCUCAUCCUGGCGGAGUGGCUGCUGGGAGAGGGCGACCCCGAGAGAGAGGCAGAGGAUGGCCGGGUCCUGGAUGAAGAUGAGUUCCUGUUCGAGAAGGGCGAGGGGAAUCUGUGGGCUGAGAGGCUGCUCUGGGUGAGGCUGCUGGACAAGCACCUGUCCGGCCUGGUCAGUGUGCCGGGGACUCUCUCAGGCAUCCAGGAGGAGCUGGUCCAGCUGUUCGGACUUGCCAGAAACCUCGCCCAGACCUCGGAUUGUCUGCUUCAGGCCCUGCCGCCGGAGCCACAAUUCUCUAGCAGUGCGGAUUUCACUCGCCUCACCAUCCAGAGAGAGAGGACAGCUCGUGCGCUGGAGACACUCAAGGCUACCAGACCUGCCACACUGUCCUGAUGAAGGACAGUAAAGUCCAGCACAACUGGCUAUUUCCCCGGACGCUCUAGGAGUUUCUCCUUUCUGGCUGCUCGGGGCUUCAAAGCAAAAGCCUCACCUCUUUGGAAAACCCAAAGGAAACCCACAGUUGUCACAGCAACGCUUUUAUUUUCAAGCUUUUUUUUUCUUCAUUUUUUAACCACGAAUGGGGAAUUCUCUUCCAGCGUAGUUCCAGAACAUCUUGCUCAAAGUAAUAGAAGGUUUACCUGUGUUGUAUGUCUACAGAAAUAAGAAAGUCAGAUGACAUAUAUGUAGAAUAUUUUACACCUCAGGUUUGAAACAAUAUUUACCAUCUAACAUUCUUAUUUCAGUUCUAUAAGUGAAGUUUGAAUCCCUUUAUUUUCAAAAUGGAGUUUUAAAAUAUUGUAUCUGGGAAUACAGUAAGCAAAGUGUUUUUUAAAAAAAACAUUUUUAUAAUACAAUUUGUCAUUAAAAUUUAGAAUUUGGUUCCAUAUUAAACUUUUGCAUUUUUAAGUGAUUUUAACCAGCUAUAAUUUGUCAUUUUUUAAUGUGUGAUUUUAUCAGACUGCAGUGUUCAUUUGAUAUUUUUAUGAAAGCUAGAGCCCCUUAACUGUCAGUGAUAAUUUCCUUUUAUAUCUCAAGCAAUAUACAGACACUGCAGCCCCUGCCCCCAAUAUAGUGACUGUCCCUAGCUCAAAGAGGUACCAUCUUUUGGACGAGACGUCAAACUUCUGAGCUGUCUAAUCUAGGAGAGUGAGAUUGCAAGGCUGAGAAGCAGAAGUGUUCAUCAGUCCAUGUUUAUGAGAUUCAUGCUGUAAGAACAAUAAAAUACCAGUAUAAACCUGUUAGCAUUAAUGGCCUGCACAGCUCACUUAAGUGCAUUUCUGCAGAAUUUAAUAAACCACAUUACUGAGUC